UUCCCUGCAGAAGAGCAGCCCCGAGGAGCGGGAGAGGAUGAUCAAGCAGCUCAAGGAAGAGCUUCGGUUGGAAGAGGCAAAACUCGUCUUGUUGAAAAAGUUACGGCAAAGUCAAAUCCAGAAGGAGACCACGGCUCAGAAGCCCGCUGGUUCCUCUGGGAGUGCUGUCACCCCUCCGCCCUUGGUGCGGGGACCACAGAGUGUUCCUGCUGGGAAACCCUCCCUCCAGACCUCUUCCACACGGAUACCAGGCACUGUGAUCCCUCCUCCCUUGGUCAGGGGAGGGCAACAGGCGUCUUCCAAGCUGGGAACUCAGCAGAACACGCAGAUCGUGAUGCCCCCCCUGGUCCGAGGGGCCCAGCAAAUCCACACGAUCCGGCAGCACUCCAGCACGGGGCCGCCCCCGCUGCUCCUGGCACCCCGGGCAUCAGUGCCCAGCGUGCAGAUCCAGGGCCAGAGGAUCAUCCAGCAGGGCCUGAUCCGCGUGGCCAACGUGCCCAACGCCAGCCUGCUCGUCAACAUCCCGCAG